UUUGAACUUUGGUUGUGUUUUUAUUUACAGCUGGAUGAUAUUGCGACAUGUCACUUGACAUUCGAAAUGGCGAGACUAUUUAACUCUUUAUUCAGAGAUCUAAGGGCAUUAUCACUCAGUAACAUUGAAUUUUUUCAGCAUGGAACAAGCAGCACACAUGCUAAAUUCCAUCAGUCUUUCUGCAUGUUAUUUGAGCAUCUUGACAGAGGUAUACAGCCAUCCAUUGAACAGAUAGUGCCACUUCUUCCAAAGUACGAUUUGUCACCAGACACACAGGCUAAUGGAUAUCGCAGCCUUCUGAAAGUUGUCCAAAAAUGCUGCAUAAACCUUUUAAGACUGUCUCGCUAUGUCAAUGCCAAUCGCAGUUCCUUAUUUUUCCGAGGGAACUUUUACAGCAAGGAACUAGAGGCCUAUGUAAUAUGUCUCGGCCAGUUAAGAGCCACUCUUUACUAUGCCCAAAAACUUGUAGUUUACAGUCAGGAAGGGUCACUGUUUGCUGAUGAAGACAAUUUAAACGACCCUGUGGUAGAGCGCUUGAUGGAGGAAGUAGAGAGUUUGGGUCAAAAUUGUUUCUAUGGACGAUGUUUAGGUUUCCAGUUCUGUGAAAGCAUGCACAAACCCCUGACAACAGUAGCUGUUGCUAUGGCAUCCUUCAGUGAGGGAUACCUGGAGAAAACUAACUUCAAACAGCUGACCACUUCUGUGAUUCACAGCGGGAAGUAUUUCAUGAACCCUGAACUCAGAGCAGAGCAGAUUGUGAGUGUAACAAGAACAGCCAGUGUAGAAUUCUGCAAGAAUUUCUGGUCCAUAACAGAGUCUGACAUUAUGCAGGCCCUGCCUUCUUUAGUUUGUCCAGCCAUUAAGGUGAAUGAGGUGAUGUACCUGAUGCCAGAGUCUUUUGAGUUACCAGCUGUGAACUCUGACAAUCCAACAGACAUGGUCACAAUAACAGCUCCCUGUGCCCACACUGGGCCAGGACCAGUGAAAGUCAGACUGAUGUCAUAUGAACCCAGGGAGGGGCAGGAGUUGCGUCAUGGUAAUCAGAACCCCCGCCAUCGCCUCCCAAUGUCCAGCAGUCUCUUGAUCCACUGUCAUGGGGGAGGGUUUGUAGCCCAGUCCUCCAAAUCCCACGGGAUCUAUCUCAGACAGUGGGCUAAGGAUCUCAAUGUUCCCAUACUGUCUAUAGACUACUCCCUGGCUCCAGAACAACCAUUUCCUAGAGCUCUAGAAGAGUGCUUCUUUGCCUAUGCCUGGGCCAUCAAAAAUCGUACAAAACUUGGCUGGACGGGAGAGACCUUGUGUUUGGCUGGGGACAGUGCGGGAGGGAACCUGAUGAUCUCCACUGCUCUGAGGGCAGCAUCCUGUGGGAUCCAGAUCCCGGACGGGAUUAUGACUGCCUACCCUGUGGUCCUGGUGAGGUACACACCCUCUCCUGCCCGCAUCCUAGCCCUGAUGGACCCCCUCCUACCAGUAGGAAUCAUGAUGAGGUGUCUGGCAGCAUAUGCUGGGAUAGCAGACAAGAUAGAGAAUGCAGUAGAUGAACCUUUUGAGAUCAUUGAGGCAGAAGAGGCACUCCAUGAUGAAGACAUCUUUAACUACAAGGACAAAACUGGAAACAAGGGAGACAACUUCUCCUCAAUGACAAGUAGCUGUCAUUCCAUUGAAUCUUUGGAGAAUUUAGAUGACCACAACAUUUCUGGACAAAAAAUGGACAAAUCAAACAGAUGUCACUCCAUUGAAUCACUCCAUGAUGAGCCAGAUAUUUCUAGUCAGCAGUCCUCUGUUCUGGAGGGAAUCUGUGCAGAUUCAGAUGAGGACAUUACGAUUUUAAAGACGGUCAAUCGGGCUUCGGAGUCUAGUAUAGAAGAGGUGGAACACUUAACCACAGAGAACUCCGAUGAAAUUAUUCUAGAAAGUUCUGAAGAGGAGGAUUAUGAUAUUGUAAAACCUGAAGACAUCUCAGAACCAACCAAUGAUGAUACAGCGGUGAAUGAUUUCACCCUUCCUGCUUCCAAAUCUGACGGACAUUUACAACAAAACCGACCAGGUCAUACUUCCUGUGUAAUGGACUUAAUGGCAGGGUCAUUGACAAGGUCAGAUAUGGCAGGAAUGCAGAAGUCAGUUUCACAGGACAGUAAAGAAAAGCUGGAAUUGGACCUGUCAAUGAUAAACCACCAUAGCCACUCUCUUACCCACAGUCCCUCCUGUCCCGAGAUCAGCGAAUCUCUACGAUACGGUUUCACUGGAAAGUUCACCCCCCAGUACACCAAGGAAGUUCACAAGAGGUUCAGUCCUCUACAGAUGUUCCGGAAACAUCCAAUAGUAAAGAAUCCCUACAUGUCACCGUUCCUGGCCCCUGAUGAAAUGCUGAAGUGUCUACCUCCCAUAAAAAUGGUGGCCUGCCACCUAGAUCCCCUGUUGGAUGAUGCGGUGAUGUUUGCUCGACGACUGCGUAGCCUUGGUAACCAGGUGGAGCUGCAUCCGGUGGAUGAUCUUCCUCAUGGCUUCCUCAACUUCUCCACAGCAAGCAAAGAGGCAAGACUGGCCUCCGAUGUCUGUGUCGACAAAAUACGACAAAUUCUGCAACUCUCCACAUAACACAAGACGGGAUAGAACCAUGACAAAAUGGGAAAAGGCAGGGGAUCUAAAUAAGGCUUUUUUUUGACAUUUGGGGAAGAAAGGUUAACACUCUUUGCACUGGAAGAAAAUAGUCAUAUAUAAUGUUUUGAUAUUUACUCAUUCAUACAGCAAAUUUAUUUUCUGAAAAGAAGUGCAUUGUCAAAAUGAAUACCAAUACAGUGAGUUUCAUCUGUAAUCAGGAUUUUUUUAAUAGCUUGCAUAUACAGGCAAUUAUUUUUUGUUUUUUUUUUGUUUUGUUUUUUUAUUGACCAAAGUAUUAACUUAAUAUUAUCUUAAGCUUUGGGGGAAAAGAAUUUAAAUCUGUUUAAUAUGUAAAUGGAGAAUAAGUAGUAAAAACAGGAUGAAGUUGUUCAAUUAAGCCUUACCGUUUAGAACUAAAGGGGCCAGAAGUUAAAAGAAGUUGUUUAAACGUACAUUCAAUUACAAAGGGAUCUUUGGUUUUCUUACAGAGUCACACAGUCAUGUUGAUCAACUUUUUAGUUUUUACACAGACUAUUGUAGGAGAUAUUUUUAAUAUAUCCUUCCAAAUGAACAGUAUAACUUUGUAUUCACAACUUAAUUUGAAGGACUAAUGAAACUGUGUUUUUCUUGUGAUUAUAAAUCUUUGUGAUAUUGUUGAUUUCAGAAAUGGUGCUUGUUCAGAUAGUAUUUAUUUCAUUUAUUUAGUAUAUAUAAAUUUGAUUAUAGUGGGUUCUAGCUAAAUGUAGAAAAAAAAAAAAAGUCAGCUGGGAUUUAUUCAAACAAUGGCUUGAAAUGUUUACAUUCAGAGAACUUAUCAAAAAAAUGGCAAAUGAAAUCUAUACAUGUACCAUUGUUGUGAUAAUUUUGACAUCGCCAACAUUUUUUUUUUUUUGUCUUUUGCGAUAUUAAAACAGUAUAUUUCCAUUAAACCACAAUAAGAUAAUACCUUGUGUGAUGUGCCUGUCUUACCCCCAUGUUAAGUGUAUUAAAAAUUACCAUUUUGUGUCAUAUUUUUUAAUUAUUAUUUUUGGAAUACACCAAAUAUGUCAAUACAUGUACUAGUAUAGUAAAGUGUAUAUGUAUUUCAAUAUCAGAGAUUAUUACAAGAAAUGUAAAGUACAAGUAUAUAUUUGAAAAAAAAAAGCAUUAAUAUUGUACAGUGUAUUUCAUAUUUGUACCUGACUGAAGUUGAUUUUUUCCCUUGGAAAAUUCAGAUGUUGGUAGAGCUGAGUUUGAAGUGGCAUGUAAUUUUUCAAAAGUUUCUUCUUUACUUAUACAGAUUUGACAAACUUGUGCUUAGAAAUGUGAACAAGAUUUUUCCUCAUAUUAGAAUAAGCAAUAUCCCUCGAGUUCAACCAUACUUUACAAGAGGGCAAAUUUUAAACUGGACGAAUUAAAAUAAGGCAAUUUUAAAAUUUGAACCAUAAAUUACUCCUCCAUUAAAAGCCUCAGUUAAUGUCUCUCGCAACAGUACGUAUCUCGGCAUGAAUCUCUAGCAAGCUGGAGUAAACCUUUUUUUGGUUGUUUUAGAACUGUUUAAUGAGACACUUUAGAUAAAUAUGGCAUAUAGCUAGAUGAAGUUCCCUUUAAAAAAUCAGGUGAUGUAGGCCCGUAAGCCUUCUUUUCUUGGCAUAAGUCAAUAGUCAGUACUACAAUUAAGAAAACUAUCAUAGCUUUUUACUGUAGAUAAUAAUUUCAUUUUAAUUCUCAUUGCAUACAUUUUAAAUUUUUUUUAAAGUAGAUAAAAAAAUAUUUAAUUACAGUUUGUUAAGUCUGUCUUUGUAUUUGUGAUUAUAUAAUUUUAUGACUGUAAAAGGUGCUUAUAAUCUUGAUAUUUUUAGACUUCUUGUUCAUCACAUGAUUUAUUACCAGGGGGUAUAUGAAAUAUUUUUCGAAAAUUUUUGCUCACUAGUUAUUUACCUCCAAGUUUGAAUUGAUGAUUAUAAAAAAUGUACCUGCAAUAUUAUACUACAUGUAUUAGAAUCAGAUAUGUAUGCCAAGAACAAUGUUCUACAUUCUGUGAAUGAAUCAAGAAUCAUGAAAAACCCACAAUGGAUUGGUACUUAUAAAGAUCAUUCAGAUUAAUUCUAUAUUGAACUAACACAGAACAUGUAACUAUGUAAUACAUUGUUACACAUAUGAAUCACAACUUUUAUACAAUUCUGAUUUAAUGUUUUUGAAUCAUUUCUUUGUUGUUUACUGCAUAUGAACAAUAAAUAUUCAUUGAACACA